AUUUUUUAAAUGAAGAUCGAAAGCAGUUUUGGCUAUCAAAAGAGAUAACGUAAUCUCCCGAUUAGUGUCAUUGGUAUCCAAUGAGUGCACGUGGCAAGCCCUGAACCUUAUAUUAAGAAUCUAAGUAAAAGUUGAAGGACAACUUCAUGUAACUGUUGUUGUAAGUAUGCCGCAUGGCAGGCACUCACUAAGGCUGAAAACUUGCUUCUCUCUUUUUCACACAUAAAUUUUUUUCUUCUUUUGUUGUGUACCCUUUUGUUAGUAGUUUUCUUUUUCAGGGUUGUAAUAAAGAGAAGCUGCAAAAAGAAUUUGCUAUAUCUUCCACGGAUUUAAGUUGCAAGAGGUAUGUGGGUCUCCAUAGAUCAGGCAUCUUUUCUCACUCGGGGUUGCAAACUGAAGGGGCCAUUCAACAAAAAUGAACGUGGAAAAUGAGAACGUAGAUCUGGUGACUGAUUUAGGACUUGCUCUGGGGUAUUCCAAUCACAAGAUUCAGAGAAUAUUGAGCAAUGAUCUCGGUGCAGGUGCAAAUGCAGCUUCAAGGAUAGACGUGAAAGUUGUGGCCACCGACCCCUUGUCAGAAUUAGUUUGGUCUCCACAGAAAGGUCCCAGUCUCAAAUGUACUGACUGCAGCUUUUCUGAUAAAAAACAUUCCAUUGUUUUGGGUGCAGGACCAAGCAAUGUGGUUCUUUCACCACAACAAAUUAAUAAAUCUGCGAGGUCAAGUAAUGACAAGCCUAUAGAUGAAGAAAAUUUCAAUACAUCCAUAUCCACAUUUCAUGAUAUGAAUACUAAAGUUACCAAUAUAAAUAACUUGGACAAAUCUGCUAGGGAUAAUGAUGGCAUCAGGUUGUGUCAUGAAAAGCAGACAGAAAAUGAUAAUACUUUCCAAGGAACUGCUGGCUUUCUAGAGGAGAUAAGCACAAAGAGAGGAGAAUCUGAUGAUAAUCUAAUUGAAGAGAAUGAUCUAGGAGAUUCUAAAGGAGCAUAUUUAUAUUGUAGAGACAAUAGCCAAGUCGCCGAAAUAGCUGAGGCAAUGGAAAACAAUUUUCGAAGUUCACCAGAUGAAAGGAAACUGAAUGAGGCACAGAUUGAAUCUUUGUUCAACAAUCCUGCCAAUGAAGCCAGAGAUGUUGGCAGUGGGACUCAGUUGUCAAGAAUGGAGAUGGUCUUGGCAUCUGAAGUUCAAACUCACAAUGAAUGUGAAGCUUGUGGACCUCCAGAGAAAAAUCUGAUAUCCCCUGGUAGAAAACAGGAUGAAUUGACUUCAUUAAUGGAGAAAAAGGGAAAAAGUAAGAUGAAGGGGGACAUUUCUUCUAGUCAUUGGCCUACAGAAAAACUGGAGGCAACUGCUGAAAAUGAUUUGCAGGCCAUUGGUGAUGCAUGUGUUGCAACAAGUAAAAUUUCAGGUUCAGAAUCUGCAUCUGAAGCUGAAAAGAACUCUCAGCACCCUAAGGAGAUGUCACCAGAGAAGAUGUCCACUGAUGAACAUUCUGCCACUCACAGCAGCAUCCGUAGAUAUAGAAGAAAAGGAAAGGAAAAAGCUUUAUCUGAUGGCGAUGUUAAAGGAAUAAUAUCAAAAGAGGAGGAUGACAGCCAUGAGAGUGUUGAAAGUUGUAAUAGUGCUGGAUUAUUCUCUACCGGCAAAAAACGGUGGGGCUUUGAGCAACAGUUGAUGGUGGGAAGCAAAAGAGUGAAAAAGCAAAGCAGUGAAAGUCCUUGUUCAUCAUCAUUUAAAAAACAAGAUAGCUCCUUCAUGAACUGGAUAUCAAACAUGAUGAAAGGUUUUUUGAAAUCGAAAGACAAUGCACCAUCUUUGGCGCUUGCUGUUGCAAAUCCUAAUCAGUCGCAUGAGAGUCCUGACAAGAAACUUGACACAAGCCAUAAGAACCAUGAACCUGGGUGCAGAAAUAUUGGGUUUCAAUCUUUUUUCCACUCAAUAUAUUCUCCAAAGACUAAGGUCCAAGGAACAAUAACACAAAAUGAAAAUUAUCAAACGGGACUUGAGCUGACUAACAAGAUUUGUGACAUUGAUGCUACUCCAAUUGCCUAUCAUAGAGAAAAUUUUAACUUCCAUAAAGUACUUCUGCUUUCAAAUGAAAAGCUCAAAGAACCAAUUUCUAGUGGCAGAGCAGGUCCACCAACCCAGCCAAAGAUUUCAUCCAAGAAUUUUUCUCCCUGUAAAAGUAGUGAGGACAAUUCUGCAGAGAAUAAGAAUUCAUGCAACUUGGCAGUGGGUGUGGAGAAAGAUAGAGCAAGCUUUAGUUCUUCUUUGGGUAAGCGUAAGUUGAUGAACACUGAGAACAAUGAUUCUGACCCACCAUCCGAUGGAAAGACAGUUCAUAACAUCGGUUACAAAAGCAACCUUCCAGGUAGCUUGUGGAUAACUCGAUUUACUCCUAAGUCUUCUAGCAACUUGUUAAACCAGGAUGCUGGUGGUGCUGUUGGGUGCUCGAGUGACUGCAUGAAGCUUAUUCCUUGGUCCCAGGACAAUGUUAGUUUUUCUAGCAAUUUCAAGAUUCUGGAGGCUAGGCAGCAAUCUGACGAAGAGCCACUAACCAUCUCUGGUAAAGAAUUACAGAAUUGUGCUACUGAAAUUGAGGAAUCCAUUGGUUUCAAUAAAAUUACAGUCCAAAAUGACCAGCAAUCUGAAUGUAAAGUGAGCCCUAUUUUACCCUCCCCUAGAUUUAACGAUUCAGAGGUGAUGACUUCUCUUUUUGCUAGGAGAUUAGAUGCCCUCAAACACAUCAUGCCUUCUGGUGUGUCAGACAAUACAGCUUCUUCAGCUAUCACCUGUUUCUUUUGCAAAAGAAAAGGCCAUCAUUUGCAAUAUUGUCCAGAGAGAAGAGAUAAUGAGAUUGAAGAUCUUCUGAGGAAUAUGAAGUCAUCUAAUAGAUUGGAUGAAUUAUCUUGUGCGGGCAUUAGAUGCUUUGAGCUUGAUCAUUGGGCUGUUGCGUGUCCUAACACAUCCUCAAGAGGUCAAAAUCAAUCAGCAUGUAGAGCUUCUUUGCCUAAUCUCAAUGAACUGCAAUGUUAUGUAAGGUUUGAAGAGACUAACAAACUUUUAGAUGACAACCAAGAAGGUAUAGCUGCACGUAUAGUUUGUGAUGGGAUUGAUAUCGGAAAAGGCCCAAGUACUAAUUAUGGGUUUACUGUAGACAAAAUGAGAUCAAAGAUCAAUGCGAGUAAGAAAUAUGUAGCUUCCAGUUCCAAGGAAAAUGAGCUGAAAGAAAACCAGAUCACACCUUGGGGUGAUUUCAUCAAUCAGCAGGUUUCAGAUAUGCCAAAGGCGAUCUUCGAUGCUGUUAGGAUGCUUCGUUUGUCGCGGACGGAUAUCCUGAAGUGGAUGGAUUCGCAAAUAUCACUCUCACAUCUUGAAGGCUUUUUCCUGCGUUUGCGGCUUGGGAAGUGGGAGGAAGGAUUAGGGGGAACUGGAUAUUUUGUUGCCUGCAUUACUGGGGCACACAGACAGGGCACACCAUGCAAUUCCAAGAAUUCCGUCUCUGUUAAAGUAGGGGGGAUCAAAUGCUUAGUUGAGAGCAAAUACAUUUCCAACCACGAUUUUCUUUUGGAUGAGCUUAUGGCCUGGUGGCGUGCAACCACAAGGAGUGGUGGCAAGAUUCCAUCUGAGGAAGAAUUGAUAAUGAAAGUUAAAGAGAAAAGAAUGCUAGGCUUUUAGGCACUUUUUUUUUCUUUCAGUUUCAGCAGUUUAUAUGCAUUACCUCGUUUCAUACAAAGUUUUUUAUUUGUAAUCAAUUUUUGCUUUCUCCAUUUUUGGAGUCUUUGGACCACCAUUUUUCUGGAGCUUAGUGCAAACAAAUAAAUAACUCCCACUAC